AUGUCCCGUCUGAGGCCGCACCUGGACCCCACACCAGCAGCAGCAGCAGCAGCAGCAGCAGCAGACCCAGCAGCAGCAGCAGCAGCAGCAGCAGCAGCAGGAGAGUAUCGAGCAUCUCCUCUAGCAUUGUCUUCUCGUGCUGCUCUCCACCUGAGUGGGUUAACAGACGAUGAUGCAGGCGGAGCAGCAACUUGGUUUGCUGCUGCUGCUGCUGCUAUUGCCUACUUUGUUGCUGCAAGGACAGACCCUGGGGUGCUGCGGUACUGCCCCUCUUUGCUGCUGCCGCCCGAGCAGCAGCAGCAGCUGAAGCGCCGCAGCAGCAACAGCAGCAUCAGCAGCAGAAGACAUCGAUUCGAAGCAGCAGAAGAAGAGAGCUGGGAGAGCAGCAGCGGCAGCAACUGCAGCGGAAGUGAGGUUUGUUACUACAUUGGCGGUGAGGCGACAGCAGCAGCACGAGCAGCAGCACGAGCAGCAGCAGCAGCAGCAGGACGGGGCAGGCAGCAGCAGCAGCAGCAGCAGCAGCAGCAGCAGCAAUGGAGGCGGCAUAGCUCCAGGCGGUCUAGGGUCCUCCCCCGCCUCUUCAGGGGAGACAGAAGAGGCUACGAGGCCUCACGUGUCUUGCGCAGCACAACCCUCUGCAGCAGCAGCAGCAGCAGCAGCAGCAGCAGCAGCGGCAGCAGCGGCAGCAGCAGCAACGGGAGAGGUCGCAGAAGCAGGCGAAAUAGUAUCAGCAGCAACAGCAGCAACAGCAGCAGCAGAAAUCGCAGUGGAUUCUCGUGGCUUAGCCCCCAUAGAACAACUGCUGCAGGGCCAGCUGCUGCUGGCAGCAGCCACCGCAGCAGCAGCAGCAGCAGCAGCAGCAGCAACAGCAGCAACGGCAGCUUGGAUCGAUUUUGCGAGGAAGAAGCGCACGCAGGCCCACUUGAUGAGUGCAGCAGCAGCAGCAGCAACAGCGACGCAUACGAUAGCCACCACAAUAGAAGCAGCAGCAGCAGCAGCAGCAACAGCAGCAGCAGCAGCACGUGCGUCCCAGGGGCGAAUACCUGGAGUUCUGUUUCUCAUUGGAAGGCUGAGCAGCAGCAGCAGAAACACCAGCAAGAGCUGCAGCUGCUGCAGCAACAGCAACAAGUACAGCAGCAGCAGCAACAGCAGCAGCAGCAGCAGCACCAACAGGAGUUGCAGCAGCAGGAACUGCAGCAGCAGCAGCAGCAGCAGCAGCGCUUCUUUACACAGGAGCAGACGCUAGGCGCGAUGGAGGUGCUCAGCUCCAGCGACGAAGAGAAUGAAGGUGUCACGACACAGCAGCAGCAGCAGCAGCAGCAGCAGCAGCAGCAGGAGCCGCAGCAACAGCCGCAGCAGCAGCAGCAGCAGCAGGAGCCGCAGCAGCACUACCUUCUACCUCUCGUGUCUGGGGACGCAGCCUUUGUAGGGUUUGCGGAUAUGGAUCGAGCGUCGGUGCAGCUGCUGCAGCCGCAGCAGCAGCAGCAGCAGCAGCAGCAGCCAGAGGACCAGCAGCAGCAGCAGCAGCAGCAGCAGCAAGGUUUGUUUGCUGCUUCUCUGUGCGGUACAGCUGGGGAUAGAUGGGCUGCUGAGAGGCCCCAGGGGGCCCCCCUGAGACAGGUGUAUCUGAGCUGCAACAAAGUGCUGCGGUUCGACAGCAGCAGCAGCAGCAGCAGCAGCAGACGCCGCAGCAGACGCGGAUACCAACCCCCAUCCGCAAGGCACCCCGCUGACUUCAGCAGCAACAGCAGCAGCAGGGGCAGCAGCAUCGGGGACAACAGCAGCAGCAGCAGCAGCAGCAGCAGCAGAAGCAGCAGUCCUCGUACUCAUAGAGAUUCUGCAGCAGCUGGCAGCAGCGCUCUCCGCAGGCCACAGCCGGAGCAAUCGAGAGCAGCAGCAGUAGCAGCAGCAGCAGCAGCGGCAGCAGCAGCAGCAGCAGAUACAGCUGAGAUGGAGGCUCGGGAGAAACUUAGGGAACAGAAUAAACGCCAGCGGCAGGCAGCAGCAGCAGCAGCAGCAGCAGCAGCAAUGCAGAGCGUGGGGACGCCUACGAGUCAAGACAAUUUGAAUGCAGCUGCAGCAGCUGCAGCAGCUGCACCAGCAGCAACCGCAGCAACAGCAGCAAGUUCAAGCGAUUCAACAGCAGCACAGCAGCAGCUGCAGGAACAGCAGCAGCAGCAGCAGCAGCAGCAGCAGCAGAAGGAACAGGAGCUGUUGGAGCUGAGCCAGGCGCCGCCUUCAGAUUCCGCUGUUAUACUGAUAUCACCUGCAGCAGCAGCAGAAGCAACAGAAGCAACAGCAGCAGCAGCAGGAGCAGCAGCAGCAGCAACAGCAGGUACGCAGCAGCAGCAGCAGCAGCAACAGCAGCAGCAGCAGCAGCAACAGCAGCAGCAGCAGCAGCAGCAACAGCAGCAGCAGCAGCAGCAGCAACAGCAGCAGCAGCAGCAGCAGCAGCAGCAAAGGAGCUGCGUGGGAGAGAAGAGCCGGCCGCACUUCAUGCUGUAUCUGCUGCUGCAGGUGCUGGAGGCGGGUGGCCCUGCACCAGUAGCAGCAGCAGCAGCAGCAGCAGCAGCAGAAGCAGCAGCAGUGGCAGCAGCAGCAUACACCAUAAGCUGCUGCUGUUUUGUCUCUGCUGCUGCUGCUUCUCUGCAGGGCCUCAACACCUCCCCUUCUGCAUGCGGGGCCCUUGCUGCCGCUGUAUCCUCUCACCAUGAAGCAGCAGCAGCAGCAGCAGCAGCAGCAGCAGCAGCAGGAACGAGCAGCAGCAGCAGCAACGACAACAGCAGGCGCCAGCAGCAGAAACAACAGCAGCAGCAACAACAGCAAGAAGAUCAAACAGCAGCAGCAACAGCAGCAGCAACAGCAGCAGCAACCACUAGUAGCAGCAGCGACAACAACAACAGCAGCAGGAUCUAA